AUGGUAAUUGAUGACGGGACGUGUGCUAGUAUUACAGAUUCUACCUACACUACCAGUACCGAUACAACAACUUCAAGUUUAGCCACAGGUGAAAAAUCAUUUGAUCCCACUAAGGCUAAUGUUGAUUUCACAUAUACUAUACCGGAUGAUGACACAACGAUCUCUCCAACGACCUCAAGAAUUUCUUCAAGUGAUCCGAGCUCAAUCAAUAGAGUUUCAUCACACAUAUCACGUUUAUCAAGGACAGAAAGUUUGUUUAAAGAUAAUAGAAUUGUAAAUAAUGGUAAGGGAUCCCCAUACGAUGAUGAUUUUGAUGAUUAUUCACCAAGUGAUGUGGAUUCAGUAUUGACUAGACCGAAUAAGAAAAUAGAACCGAAGUUUAAUAAGAAUGAAAAGAUUUUAAUAGUAUCUUCAUGGAAUCUCAUUUUAAAUGAUGAUUUGACUGAAAAUGAUUUAAAAAAAUUCUCUCAUAUGGCUCUUAUCUUAGAUAAACAAAGUAUUCAACAUCAUCAUCGUAAUAAUUCUCGUAAUGGAUACAAUAGUUCCUCAAGUGAUGUUUUAGAAAAACGCAAUUCAGACAACAGUGGUAGUAAAUGCAGUUGGUCUUCUUUUUCUAAUAACGGUAAUGAUUCUACAUUAUCUAUAUUAAAGGAUACUGAUUUUAACAGAAAGGGAUAUGACGAUUCAAAUAUUGGUAAAUCAUUAUUUUGUACACAAUUCUUCGAUAAUUUAGUUAAUAUUGAUCAACAAAUGCAACAAACGUAUCCAACAUUGAGACACCAAGCUGUUUCAUUUACUAUAUUGCUGAAUUCAGCAAUUCAAAAUUUGGAUGAUAUUAAGAAGAUAGAUGAUCAAUUAAGAAGUACAGGAAAACGUCAUACGAGAAUCCUUGGAAUUGAUAAUAGUAAAUUUCAAGUAAUGGGACAUGCAUUUAUUGUGACGUUACAAGAUAGAUUAGGUACUUAUUUUACCCCUGAUUUAGAACGCUUAUGGUCCAAAUUAUAUUCUUAUUUAGCAGAUAGUCUCUUAGUGUAUGGUGUAGAUCCAGUGUUAACAGAAUCUAAAAGCCAUGAUAUGGGAAUUUCAUCUGGAAAUUCUAUUGAUUUUGAUCCACCAGAGAUAAUAAUAACUGAUCAAGAGAAUUCAAAGAGAAGUACCCUUACAAUCGCUACUGAAUCAAGAUUGCAGAAAGUACGCUCCGCACCAGUAUCUUCCAAGGGUAUUCAUCACACAAAUAUAAGGAAUAAACCACACCACACAUCUGCAACAUCAAAGAAUAAGGAGUGUUGUAUAAUGUAA